AUUAAUCCUAUAACGUUUUUAUUCACGUAUUUUGGAUGACGUUAUCUCUGCUUGAGCAUUUGUAAAUGCAUCCUAAGUAUCCAUCUAUUCCAUGGAACAUCCGUAUUCGUUACAGUUUAUUGUCAUUUUGAGUUCGUUUAAGAAUUCCUGAGGAAAAUCGAAAACGACGACUUUGAGGAAAUAAACCACGUGGUUUGUUAUAUCAGAAGGAUGAUUGUUGAUUAUUCGACUAAUUUGUUAAAAAAUAUCCAUGAAAGCCUUCCUACUUUCGGUACAGGCAAGAGUACGAUUAUACGAGGAAUUUAUGAAUAUUGGCAUUAUGGUUGUGAUGGUUUUAAUGAUAGGGGAUGGGGUUGUGGAUAUAGAACAUUGCAAACCAUUUGUUCAUGGAUUAUAAUUAAUAAGAAUUUACAAGAAAAAGUUCCAAGUAUACGAAAAAUUCAAGAAACGCUUGUUACAUUGGAGGAUAAAGAGAAACCAUUUAUCGGGUCAAGAGAUUGGAUAGGAUGCUUCGAAGUAUGUCUUAUUCUGGAUAAUUUGUAUAACGUAAAUAGUAAAAUAGUUCACAUUAGAAGUGGUCAAGAACUGUCAAAAUAUUUGCAUAUCAUUAGACAACAUUUCGAAGAAUUUGGAUGUCCAAUUAUGAUGGGAGGAGAUCAAGAUUGUUCUAGUAAAUGUAUCAUUGGUAUGCAUAUUGGAUUGAAAGAAGUCUAUUUGUUAAUCGUUGAUCCGCACUUUAUAGGUAAAGCUAAAAGCAUAGAAGAAUUAAAAAAUAAUCAAUGGGUAAGAUGGCAAAGUAUUAGAGACUUUGUUUACAGUUCCUUUUACAAUCUUUGUUUACCACAAAUUAAGAUAACUUGAUAUACAAAUCUUUUUUAUCUUCUUAUUUAUUUCUAUUGUAUAUACUUUAUAAGAUUAAUCAUUAUUGCAAUAAUUGAUAAACAACAUCUAUUUUAUGGAUUAUAGAAUAAAUUUUCGCAUUUAUAACAAUCUAUUACUUAUUCUUAUGAAAUUAAUUCAAUCUGUAUUAAGUAAAAGGCAUACGCCUUGUAGAAUCCAGUGUGAAAUAUGUUCCUCUGUUGAAAGAUCUGCUUCAAAUAUCAAACCUUUACCCAUUGGAUUGCGUCUAUUUGACGUUGUGUACACUGGAGUUUUUACUGUAUUCUAUAUAAAUUUAUAA